AUGGCACCAGGAAACCAAACAAAAUUCACUGAAUUUAUCCUCCUGGGAUUUUCUGAGACACCAGAGCAACAAAGGACCAUCUUUGGGUUGUUCUUGGGCAUGUACUUGGUCACUGUAUUUGGAAACAUACUCAUAAUAUUGGCUGUUGGCUCUGAUUCUCACCUCCACACCCCCAUGUACUUUUUCCUUUCUAACCUGUCCUUUGUAGAUCUCUGUGUGGUAUCUAGCACGGUACCCAAGAUGUUAGUAAGUAUCUUGACACAAAACAAGGCCAUCUCCUAUGCUGGCUGUCUUGCCCAGAUGUCCCUAUUUAUGUUUUUUGGUUGUUUAGACAAUUUUCUUCUCACUGCAAUGGCCUAUGACCGUUUUGUGGCUAUCUGUCACCCUCUGCGCUAUACAUCCAUCAUGAGUCCUGAGCUGUGCUGCCUGAUGGUGCUGCUCUCCUGGAUACUAAGUCUUCUCAACACCCUCCUUCACAGUCUGAUGGUGACAAGCCCCAUGGCACCAGAAAACCAAACAAAAUUCACUGAAUUUAUCCUCCUGGGAUUUUCUGAGACACCAGAGCAACAAGGGGCCAUCUUUGGGCUGUUCUUGGGCAUGUACUUGGUCACUGUAUUUGGAAACAUACUCAUAAUGUUAGCUGUUGGCUUUGAUUCUCACCUCCACACCCCCAUGUACUUUUUCCUUUCUAACCUGUCCUUUGUAGAUCUCUCUAUGGUAUCUACCACGGUACCCAAGAUGUUAGUGGGCAUCUUGACACAAAACAAGGCCAUCUCCUAUGCUGGCUGCCUUGCCCAGAUGUACUUCUUUACAGUUUUUAUUGGUUUGGACAAUUUCCUUCUCACUGCAAUGGCCUAUGACCGUUUUGUGGCUAUCUGCCACCCUCUGCGCUAUACAUCCAUCAUGAGUCCUGAGCUGUGCUGCCUGCUGGUGCUGCUCUCCUGGAUAUUAAGUCUUCUAGUUGCCCUCCUUCACAGUCUGAUGGUGACAAGGCUCUCCUUCUGUAGAGGCCACAAAAUCCAGCACUUCAUUUGUGAUCUUGAUCAAGUUCUAAAACUCUCAUGUUCUGACACCCUUAUCAAUUAUGUCUUGAUAUAUAUUGUAGCCGGUCUGCUUGGUAUUCUCCCCCUCACAGGGAUUCUCUUCUCAUACAGUCAGAUUUUUUCUUCCAUUUUGAAAAUCCCAUCUACUGGGGGUAAGUACAAAGCCUUUUCUACCUGUGGAUCUCAUCUCUCUGUUGUUUCCUUAUUCUAUAGCACAGGUCUGGGAGUGUAUUUGAGCUCCUCUGUGACCCACUCUUCCUGGAAGAGUGCAGUUGCCUCAGCAAUGUAUGCUGUGGCCACCCCCAUGUUGAACCCCUUCAUCUACUGUCUUAGGAACAAAGAUAUAAAAGGAGCCCUGUGGAGACUCAUUAGCAGAAUAUCCUCCUCUCAGUGAUAGAACCUAGUCCUGGAAGGCGGUUGAGGUAUUUGUGGGAAAAUAUUGGAAAGCAAAAACACUAAAUUCCUCACAAAUCACGAGUUUCCUACCCUCUUCUCUCCCUCUGGAUGUAUUUAA